GAGCAGGCAAAUUUGGUGGUGUGUCGAAAGAGCUCGAAACUCUCCGGAGGGACUGAAAGGACAUUCUCGGACGCCAGACACGCUGAGCGUGGUGUGCACAGGAUGUCACAUGACACAGGAAACCAGCACAAGUCACCAUUCAGGGAACAGUGUCCUACGCAAGCUCAUUUAGAGAGGAACAAGCCUCUGUCGAAGAAAGAAAACACCCCAACGGAGGACGGCAGCAAAGAGAGAGGCAGUAUCUGCAGGAUGGUCUCAUUACAUCAGGUGGUAUGUUUUAUCUUCUUUGCCUCAGUUUCUAGUGAAUGUGUCACUAAGCUCUUCAAAGACACCUGCUUUCAAGGAGGUGACAUAAGUACUGUCUUCACACCGAGUGCCAGGUACUGCCAACUGGUCUGCACCCACCACCCACAGUGUUUGCUCUUCACAUUCAUGGCUGAGUCAGCUUCGGAUGAUCCUACCAAAUGGUUUGCCUGCAUCCUGAAGGACAGUGUCACAGAAACGCUGCCAAUGGUGAAUAUGACAGGAGCAAUUUCUGGAUAUUCCUUCAAGCAAUGCCCUCAUCAAUUAAGUGCUUGCAGCAAAGACGUGUAUGUGGACCUAGACAUGAAGGGCAUGAACUAUAACAGUUCUGUUGUGAAGGAUGCUCGGGAAUGCCAAGAGAGAUGCACAAGUGACGCCCACUGCCACUUUUUCACCUACGCAACAGGGCGUUUUCCCAGUGUGGCGCAUCGUAAAACUUGUCUUUUGAAGUACACUCAAACGGGGACACCCACCAGAAUAACAAAGCUCAGUCAUGUGGUAUCUGGAUUUUCCCUGAAGUCCUGUGGACUUUCUAACUUGGCUUGCAUCAGGGACAUUUUCCCUAACACGGUGCUUGCAGACCCCAACAUUGACAGUGUGCUGGCCCCAGAUGCUUUUGUCUGUCGGCGGAUUUGUACCCAUCACCCCAGUUGUCUGUUUUUUACAUUCUUUUCCAAAGAAUGGCCAAAAGAAUCUCAAAGAAACCUUUGCCUCCUUAAGACAUCUGAAAGUGGAUUACCGAGCUCACGCAUUGCAAAGAGCAACGCCCUCUCUGGCUUCAGUCUCCAGCAUUGCAGGCAUAGCACCCCAGUAUUCUGUCAUCCGUCCUUUUACAAUGACACCGAUUUCUUGGGAGAAGAAUUGGACAUCGUUGAUGUGAAAGGCCAUGAAACCUGCCAGAAAAUGUGCACCGACGCCAUCCGCUGCCAGUUCUUUACGUAUUCCCCAUCUCGAGGGUCUUGCAAUGAAGGGAAGGGCAGAUGUUACUUAAAACUUUCCCCGAAUGGAUCUCCGACUAGAAUACUUCAUGGGAGGGGUGGCAUCUCCGGAUACACACUGAGGUUGUGCAAAAUGGAUAAUGUGUGCACAACCAAAAUUAAGCCCAGGAUUGUUGGAGGAACCGCAUCUGUUCACGGUGAGUGGCCAUGGCAGGUGACCCUACACAUCACCUCUCCUGUCCAGGGACACCUGUGUGGAGGAUCCAUCAUUGGAAACCAGUGGAUACUGACAGCUGCUCAUUGCUUCUCUGGGGUAGAGAUUUCUAAAGACCUGCGUGUCUAUGGUGACAUUGUAAAUCAAUCAGAAAUAAAUGAAGAUACUGCUUUCUUCAAGGUUCAAGAAAUAAUAAUCCAUGAUCAAUAUAAGAUGGCAGAAAGUGGGUAUGAUAUAGCCCUGUUGAAACUGGAAUCAGCCAUGAAUUACACAGAUACUCAGCGGCCGAUAUGCCUACCUUCUAAAGGAGACAGGAAUGUACUGUACACAGAGUGCUGGGUGACUGGAUGGGGGUACACCAGAUCACGAGGCGAAAUUCAAAAUACUCUCCAGAAAGCCAAGGUACCAUUGGUGUCAAAUGAAGAAUGUCAGACAAGAUACAGAAAGCAUAAAAUAACCAACAAGAUGAUCUGUGCAGGAUAUAAAGAAGGGGGGAAGGAUGCAUGCAAGGGAGAUUCUGGAGGGCCACUGUCCUGUAAACACAAUGGGGUCUGGCACUUGCUGGGUAUCACCAGCUGGGGUGAAGGCUGUGGUCAAAAGGAAAGGCCAGGUGUCUACACCAACGUGGCCAAGUAUGUGGACUGGAUCUUGGAGAAAACUCAAACGGCAUGAAAGAGUUCACUAGGUAUCAUUGCUGCAUCCUCCCCUGAAACAAACUGAAGGAGCUUGAUGAAUGUAAGAAAAUACAGACAGAAAACUUAUUUUCAGAACUCCUGAUCUGUGAGACUCAUAGCUUGUUUUCCACAUCCACGUUCAUCUACUCAAUGAAACCAAUGCAACAAGGGGAUUUUUUUUUUAAGAUAAAAAAUAUAGCAGAUAUACCAAGAAAGUAUCAAGCAGUGGUGCCAUUUGCCUUUUAGUCUCUGUGACAAACACCCGAAGCAGUUCAUAGGAAGAAAACCUCUCUUGCCAGUCUUUCCAGAGGUUUCAACCUCUGCUCUGGUUGACUGGCUCCAUGGUUUUAGGCCGAGGUGAGGCGGAACAAUAUGGCGACAAGAGCCUGUGGAGGAGGAGUUGCUUGUUUCAUGGUAGCUGGAAAUCAAAUGGAACCAGGAAAGAAUUGGGGACGAGACUGGUCCUUCAAAGACAUAUUGUCAAUCACCUGCUUCUUCAGUGACAUCCCACUCCCUAAAAUUCCUGUUCCUUCUCAGAUAGUGCUACCAGCUGGAGAUAGCUCACAUUUGAACCCUCACAGGCACCAUGAGAUCAGGUAGAAAUGCCAAGCGAACCAUAUAAAGAAUUGUCAAAUUCAAAAUGAAAAUCAAAAGAAAUAUGGACAAGAACACACAGUGUCCAUUUAUAGGAACCUAUUCUUCUCUGCCUAUGUGAAUAAAGGAAGCCUGACAGAGUUUAA